AUGCCCCCACAACAGCGCGGUGGACGUGGUCGCGGCGGAGGCGGUGAUCGUGGUGGAGCCCCCGGAGGCCGCGGUGGUGGCCCUCCUGGAGGUGGAGACCGUGGCGGAUUCAGGGGAGGGGGUCGCGGUGGAGGAGACCGCGGUGGUUCUGGUGGUCGCGGUGGUCCUCCUGGGGGCGGAGACCGUGGAGGAUACGGGGACCGUGGCGGAUACAGAGGCCGUGGCGGAGAUCGCGGUGGGGGAGGUGGUCGUGGUGGUGAUCGCGGAGGACGAGGCGGCGGACGAGGUGGAGGUGGAUUCGCCCCGCGCUAUGAGGCAGUACAUGCACCUCAGUAUCAUCCCGAUCCGACACCUGCAACCGGAGUCACCGCGCCUACUAUUGCACCUGGUGUAAAGACCGUUGGUGUCAAAAGACCAGCUGCUCGUGGUACGGCUGGUACCCCAUUGACUAUUACCACCAAUAAUUUCAAGGUCACUCUUCCCGAAGCAACCUUCCACCAUUACGAUGAUAUCAAGACGGACAAGGCAAUGCCAAUCAAAUGGAACCAAGAACUGAUCCGUGUACUUCAAGAAAGCAUCGCUCCUACCGUUUUUACUCCCCGUGCUGUCUACGAUGGUCGAAAGAAUCUAUUCGCGAGUCGUCGUCUCCCCCUCGCUGGUGGUGAUGGUAACUCCCAGACAUUCGAUAUCGCGCUGGAACCAGCUCGCCCGGGUGGCCGCCCGCCGAAGACCCAUAAGGUCGCCCUCAAGCACGUUGCAACAAUCAAUCCCGUUCUCCUUCAACGGUAUCAAGCAGGACAGCAAUCCAUCGACAAUGACGUCCUUACUGCUGUCACCGCAGUAAACGUUGUGGUCCGCAUGGACCCAGUCUCGCAAUACCCAUUCAAUACUCGUUCGUUCUUCACUGACAAGGAAGUGCUUCCUAUCGGCGGAACUAUGGCGUGGCUAUUUCCAAUCAGUUCGACCGGGUCUGGCAUCGAUGCUUAUCAACAUCGACAUAUCUACAGGCGCAAUGUAUUCCCCGGACCGAUGAUUGGCGUGUGCCAACAAAUCCUACACAACAAUAGCCCCAACUCACUUGUACCUGGACAAGGCCUCUCUGAUCGUGAUCGACUCAAGCUCCAGAGGUUCUUGUCCAGCGUUCGCUUCGUUACGACACACAGGGAGAAGAAUGGCCAAGUCAGCAAAAAGCCGAAGGUCUUAAAAAAGAUUACAUCUCAGAGUGCCAACACCCUCAGAUUCACGAACUCCGAAGGAAACGAAAUGUCGGUUGCUCAAUACUUCCAAUCGUUGGGUACCCAGCUCCAGUACCCCAACUAUGUUUGCAUCGAGACUUCAUCCGGAGCAGCAUACCCCAUCGAAGUUUGCUCGAUUAUCCCCGGGCAGCUGAUGAGAAAGCAAGUCCCACCAGAGUUGACCAACUCUGUACUUACUUUCUCGACAAAGAGGCCCCAAGAGCGUUUGAAUUCGAUCGUUGCAGGACACUCGGUCUUGCAAUAUGGGCAAUCUGAAUAUAUGCGCGAGUUUGGCAUGAACGUCUGUCAGCACCCCGAAAAAUGCUUGGCUCGCGUUCUUCCGACUCCAGCUAUCAACUAUGGCCAAAAUAGCAAAUAUAGGCAAAUUCGGCCAAAGGACGGGUCCUGGAAUCUUCGGGACCAGAAAUUCUUCGAGGGUGCUCAGUGUACUGGAUGGGCAUUAGUCAUAUACGACACUCGCGGCAUUCGGCAAGAAGACGCCCAAGAAAUUGUAAGGGGGCUCAAAGAACAGGCCGAUCUGCUAGGUAUCCGACAAAUCUCGAACAAUCCUCCUAUUUUGUUCCCACCCGCUCAGCACUUGGAUAUUGCUCAGCAUCUUCAUCAGGCAGGACAACAAGUGUUCCAGAAAACGAAGUCCCCGCCUAGUCUUAUCGUUGUCGUUCUCCCAGAAAAUUCUGCCGAUUUGUACCAAGCGGUCAAACACUUCGGAGAUGUUUCCCGAGGCGUUGCGACCCAAUGUCUGAAAUCAAGCAAAUGCAGAGGCGCCAAAGCUCAAUACUGGGCCAACGUAUGCUUAAAAAUUAACGCAAAACUCGGGGGGGUCAAUAGUAUCCUCGAUCCCAACGCUCCUAACAUUAGGUUCCUCACGGACACAGCCAACCCGUCGAUCGUAUUGGGCGCCGACGUGAUGCACCCUGCCCCUGGGGCUCAAGGUCGUCCUUCCUUUGCUUCAGUCGUUGGCAGCAUUGAUUCAAACGCGGCCCAUUAUACUGCGAUUAGCCAAGCCCAAGACUCUCGUGUGGAAAUGAUCCAUGAUCUUGAGGGCAUGGUGUACGAAGUUCUCGGGCGCCAUGCUUGGUGGAAGACGAACCACGAGAAGAAGAAGGGCGGAUUCCCUAAGCGACUGAUCUACUACCGCGACGGUGUUUCUGAGGGCCAGUUCCCUCAAAUCCUCAGCAUCGAGCUGCCAGCUAUACAAGCUGCGUGCAAGCGGCAUAAGAUCAACCCUACCAUUACGGUUGUGGUAGUUGGAAAACGCCACCACGUUCGUUUCUUCCCAACGCAUGGUGGGGAGGACAGGAGUGGCAACUGCCCUGCAGGAACGGUUGUUGACGACGUGGUCGGACAUCCAACCGAGUUCGAUUUCUAUUUGCAAAGUCAUGGUGGUCUCCUCGGAACUUCGCGCUCUUCGCACUACAACGUCUUAUUUGAUCAGAACAAUUUUACCCCUGAUGGCUUGCAAGCAGUUUCUUUUGCCCUCUGUCACGUAUAUGCAAGGGCGACCCGCUCCGUCUCUAUCCCUGCCCCCGUCUAUUACGCUGAUAUCGUAUGCGAGCGGGCGAAGAACCACUAUGACCCAUCUGUUGGCUAUAACUCGAUCGAUGAGACUGAAACUGUGGCGAGCGGCGCGACUGGUUCUGCCAUCCAGCGCUACAAGGACCUAUUCAGGCCAGCACAUGACGGACAGCGCUAUAAGAUGUAG